AAGUAGCAUCUAUCAUUAUUCACUAUCAGUUUUAUUGAAGAAUUGGAUAAAUUCGACAAUGGUUCAGUAAUUUAAGUGAAAAAUAUAACUUUUUUAACUUAAAUUGUGAAAUAAAUCGUCUACAAAACCUAAAGAAAAUAAAUGUUACAAUGAAUUAAAAGUUACAGAUAAAUUAAAGAUGGCGCAAAGUUCACAUGGAGGGAGUCACCGGCGCAGUCGAGACCACGAUGGGAGUUCAAUGCGAUACACAAACACCGAUUGGGAAGCGAAAGAAGCCCUUUAUCAGCGAGAACUGGACGAGGCACGAGCGCGGGCCACGCAGAUGGAGAAAACAAUGCGCUGGUGGUCAGAUUGUACAUCCAAUUGGAGGGAAAAAUGGAGUAAGGUACGUAACGAACGCAACAAAGCUAGGGAGGAAGCCAAACAGUUUAAAAAUAAAAUUGACGUCAUGUCCAAAGAAUUAGCAGCACUACGAACUGAGAAAGCCGAUCUCGAACAGCAGUUAAUAGAACUCAAACGAGACAAUGAAAAACUUCUGACAAUAGGUGAGAGUAGGAUAGUAGCUGGCGACUUUAAUGCCGAAGACGGUGUCGAACUCAGAAGAAAAAAUGUGGGCUACGUGUCGCCUAAUGAACCGCCUAUGCGACAGAGAGCUUCAUUAGAUUCCCACAAGUUUUCAAACGUAGAUAAUGCCCUUGCAAAUAAGUUAAGCGAAAUGAGACUGCGAUUGGAUGAGACGACCAAAAGUUUACAGUGUGAAAAAGAUCAGAAAGCAUUCCUUCUAGCGAAAAUCGAAAAUCUUACCGCUGAGUUACAUAACACUAAAAUGGAACUAACACACAACGACCGGACAUUGGGUUCGGAUUCUAGUCAUAGUGAAGUCGAAAAGUUGCAAAAUGAAUUGCAAGACGAAAUAGCCGCUAAGCAAGUUUUAGAAGAAAAAAUUGCAGAGUACAAAAUGGAAGUCGAACGACUCAAGUCAGAAAACAAUAUACAGUGGAGUAAAAGGGAACUGUUGGAAACGGAAAGCAUAGCUAUAUUGCGAGAGAAUAAGAAAUUGUACAGUCAAGUUUGCGAACUCAGAGAGCAAAUACACAAAUUAAAUAGAAUAUCCGACGGCAGCGCUUAUGGGAUACCCUUCACCGAUCAUAAUAAUAGUAGAUUGGACUCGAACGUCCUGUAUGUAAGGAAAACUAGCGUCAGUCCACGCUCCCACGAAUCUAGCAACGGAUCGUCUGAAGCAAAUUUAGCACAUUACGAGACAAAAACGAAUACAUCAGGUGAAGACGACGAAUUAGCAAUAGUCGAAAGAAGUGAAAAUGUCUAAAACUUACCAUAUAGCGAAUUAGUUGAUUGGAUAAAUAUAAUUGGAUACUCAAAUAUUCUCUGAGAAUUUGAAGCUGUCAUAUAUAUAUAUUAUAUAUUUAAAAAAAGAAGUUAAAUCUAAUAAAAAGUUCGAAUUAAAAACCAAAUUAAUAUCUAAAUAUUGUAAUAAGUGUGAAAUGUGAAUAGUCAUUAGUGCCUGGCUAAAUAUCAUCCAGUACAAAUUUAAAUUGUAACAAUAACAUGAAAAAAAAAAUCAUGAAAAACUCGAAUUUAAAAAUAGCGGUUUUUUUAUUUUAUUUAUGAUAAAGUUCGCCACUGACAUUCCGACAAUUUCAAAGCAUUUAAAAAAUGAUAUCGCGUUGUGCAUUUGUAAUUUGAUCAAAGUGUGGUGUUAUAAUUUGAUGCAUGAAAUUCUGACACAAUGAAUCCAUUAAACUGGCCUAAAAGUAUUUUUUGUAUAUCUUUUAAAAAUGAGGUAGAGUUGUAAUUCGUAGCCGAUAAUAAUCAAAGUUUCAGAACAAAUAUACAUUAUUAUUAGGAGAUUGUAAGCUUACUUUAAGGGGUGACAACUUGACCUUGAAAACAAAUUGACAUGAAUCAACGACAAUGAUCUCGAAUAAUCUAGGGAUUUGUGAACACUGGUGUUUUGAAAGUCAAAGAUCAGAAAUUAAGAAGCAAUAUUAAAGAAGUUAAAUAGAAUAGUAUAAAUAAUGACUCAUGACUCGAAUAAAUUGAUUUGCAUGUUAUUUUUCUAUGUGCAAUGAAUAUUACUUAAACAUAAAAUAGAGAAAAUACUAUACAAGAAGCACCUUAAACCUUAAUCAGGCACACACUAUUUUCCCACCCUCCCAAGCUAGCUAAAUUCCCAAAUAUUUAUGAAAUGGCAAUUUUUUAGGUUGUAUUUUUACACAAAAAUAAUCUUAGAUAAAUUAAUUUCAUUAUUUUCAGUUUCAAUAAUUUAUAUAUUAUUUUAUAUACACUGAUAUCCAACAUGACCCAAGAAUAUAUUCGUAAGCCAUGAAAACCUGAUUUUUAGUUCUGCCCGAUUAAGGGUCAAUGCUAAGACAGAUAUCUCUUUCAAGCAACAUCAAGAGAAAGGAGAACAGUACUUUCAUUAUAAGCUUACAAUACCCUAGUAAUAUAUAAAUAUAUGAUAUGAAUUUGUUAGAGGUUGUUAACAAUUGUGAUAGUUUAGUUUAAAUAAUAUUAGCUAUAGAUGUAGAACAGCAUUUAUAAUGGUCAAAUAUGUUAAUAAACCAUAUGAUAUUUCAUACAACACAAAACUUAUGUAUCAUGGUAAAUUCAUUUAUUUUACUCUUGACUAAUCAAAUGUUAAGUUUAUGGUCAAGAAUGGAAAGGUAGAUAGUAGAUUUUUUUCGGUUUUAUGAGGACAGGAGACGAAAACUAAACAGCCUAGUUUAUUGAAAAGAUUUUGUACAUAAUAACAGAAAAACGAAUACAUUCCUCUUAAUAGAGAUGAGUUUUAAAUGAAAACACAUGGUUUAUCGAUCUAAAAUUAUCCAUUUAAAUUGUUAUCAAUAUUUAAACUUAUAUUAGUUUUACUAAUAGGCAGACAAAAGUGACUCUGUUGUCACAAGCUUAAAAAAAAACACUUCAAAAAAGCAACCUAUUUUAUGUUGUUGAUUGUUGAGAAUUUCCUUCGUCUGAAGCCAAUCCUAGAUGUAGAAUUAUGUUUUAGCCAUAAACAUGGAUUAUUAU